UCCGGGGCGGGAAAGAGGCGCGAGGAAGAUGACGUCAGGUGCUCACUCCGGAAGUGCCUGUGGUAGAGUGUUUGCUGGGACCCGGCGGCGAAAGAAGAAAUGGCCCCAGAGGAAUCCCAAUCCCUGUCGGGUUCUGAGGAGCAAGAAGAGAAUUGGCAGCUACCUGCUAAGCAACUAUCUGAUAAUACAGACAACUACUUAAGGUAAAUGUUUCCAUAACCUUAUGGAGAGAAAGGACUUUGAAGCAUGGCUUGAUAAUAUUUCUGUUACGUUUCUCUCUCUGACGGACUUGCAGAAAAAUGAAUCGUUGGAUCACCUGAUAAGCUUGAGUGGGGCUAUCCAGCUCAGGCACCUCUCCAAUAACCUAGAGACCCUCCUCAAACGGGACUUCCUCAAACUCCUCCCGUUGGAACUCAGUUUUUAUUUGUUAAAAUGGCUUGACCCUCAGACCUUACUCACGUGCUGCCUCGUCUCUAAGCAAUGGAACAAGGUCAUAAGUGCCUGUAUGGAGGUGUGGCAGACUGCCUGUAGGAAACUGGGCUGGCAGAUUGAUGACUCUGUCCAAGAUGCUUUGCACUGGAAGAAGGUGUACUUGAAGGCCAUCUUAAGGAUGAAGCAAUUAGAGGACCACAAAGCCUUUGAGACCUCCUCACUGAUUGGACACAGUGCCAGAGUGUACGCACUUUACUAUAAAGAUGGACUUCUUUGUACAGGUUCAGAUGACUUGUCUGCAAAGCUGUGGGAUGUGAGCACAGGGCAAUGCAUCUAUGGGAUCCAGACCCACACCUGUGCAGCAGUGAAGUUUGAUGAACAAAAGCUGGUCACAGGCUCCUUUGACAACACGGUAGCCUGCUGGGAGUGGAGCUCAGGAACCAAGACCCAGCACUUCAGAGGCCACACGGGGGCAGUUUUCAGUGUUGAUUACAAUGACGAGCUCGACAUCCUGGUCAGUGGCUCAGCGGAUUUCACUGUGAAGGUCUGGGCCUUAUCAACGGGAGUGUGUCUCAAUACACUAACAGGGCACACGGAAUGGGUCACAAAGGUGGUUUUGCAGAAGUGCAAAGUCAAAUCUCUCAUGCACAGCCCUGGGGAUUACAUCUUGUUAAGUGCAGAUAAAUACGAAAUCAAGAUCUGGCCUAUUGGGAGAGAGAUCAACUGCAAGUGCUUAAAAACCCUUACCGUCUCAGAAGACCGCAGCAUCUCCCUCCAGCCUCGGCUUCAUUUUGAUGGCAAAUACAUUGUCUGCAGUUCAGCUAUUGGGUUGUACCAGUGGGACUUCGCCAGCUAUGAUAUCCACAGGGUUAUCAAACCUCCUGAAUUUGCGAACUUGUCCUUGCUGGGCUUCGGCGACAUUUUUGCCCUGCUGUUUGAUAACCACUACCUGUACAUAAUGGACUUGAGGACAGAGAAACUGAUCAGCCGCUGGCCACUGCCGGAAUACAGGAAGUCAAAGAGGGGCUCGAGCUUCCUGGCCGGGGAAAUGGAUUGGCUGGACGGUUUGGAUGGUCAAAAUGACAUGGGCCUGGUCUUUGCCACCAGCAUGCCAGACCACAGUAUUCACCUGGUUUUGUGGAAGGAGCAUGGCUGAAGCAAGCCAGCAGGACUACAUGACAAACAAAACCACACAAUUGGGCCAGCCAGCGAUGAGCCAGCCAGAGGAGACUGUGCAUGAACCAAAGCAGCUCACCUUAACAGAUAUCAUCA